UAGCCAGGGUUGGUCUUGGCUAGGCAGAGCCGGAUGGCUAUUUUUAAGUGGUCUAGAAUCUUUAAGCCCACUUAACAAAAACCCCGCCAGAUCAGCAGCUCCCCAGGAUCUACACGACACCGUGGAGCCGAGUUUUUAAUUGUGUUGAACUCCUCGGGCCAUACUAGUUCUCGAGAUUAAAACCUCGGUUGAGGCGGAAACAGUCGAAGCGGGUUCUCACUGAGGCCACCUCUUGGGCCUUGGGCCGAGCCGUGCUCCGCAAAUGUGACCACGUUUGAGCCUCGCGGCUGUCCGUACCUGACCCUCCGCCGAGCACGUUCCCGCGCUUUCCAGCGCAAGGAGGCAGAGGGCGCCGCGCAGGCGCAGGAGCGAGCGGGAGCUACAAUGGGCGAAGCUACCAACCCUGAGGAGGCCUGCCGGCACGUGGGAACAAAGGAAGAAUUUGUUAAAGUCAGAAAGAAGGACCUGGAACGGCUGACAACUGAAGUGAUGCAAAUACGGGACUUCUUACCCAGAAUACUAAAUGGGGAGGUACUGGAAAGCUUCCAGAAGUUAAAGAUUGUAGAAGAAAGCCUGGAAAGCAAAGAGCAAGAAUUACAGCAGCUGAGAAUGGACUGCGAACACUUCAAAGCACGCCUGGAGACCAUGCAGGCAGAUAGCGUGAGGGAGAAGAAGGAGAAACUGUCUCUUCGACAACAGCUGAACGAGGCAAAGCAGCAGCUGCUGCAGCAGGCUGAGUACUGCACAGAAAUGGGGGCGGCAGCUUGCACCCUCCUGUGGGGGGUCUCCAGCAGCGAAGAGGUUGUCAAAGCCAUCCUGGGAGGAGAUAAAGCCCUGAAGUUUUUCAACAUCACUGGUCAGACAAUGGAGAGUUUUGUGAAGUCCCUCGAUGGGGAUGUCAAGGAGCUUGAUUCUGAUGAGAACCAGUUUGUUUUUGCUUUGGCUGGGAUUGUAACAAAUGUGGCUGCCAUAGCCUGUGGCCGCGAAUUCUUGGUGAACUCCAGCCGGGUGCUCUUGGACACCAUACUGCAGCUUCUGGGGGACUUGAAGCCAGGACAGUGCACCAAACUCAAAGUGCUAAUGCUGAUGUCCUUGUACAAUGUGAGCAUCAAUUUGAAAGGCUUAAAGUACAUCAGUGAGAGUCCAGGAUUCAUCCCUUUGCUGUGGUGGCUUCUGAGUGAUCCAGAUGCAGAAGUGUGUCUCCAUGUGUUGCGUCUGGUCCAGUCUGUGGUUCUAGAACCAGAAGUCUUCUCCAAGUCGGCCUCUGAGUUCCGGAGUUCCCUGCCUCUGCAGCGCAUCCUGGCAAUGUCAAAGAGCCGCAACCCACACCUCCAGAGUGUGGCCCAGGAGCUCCUGGAAGACCUGCGGGCUCUGGAGCAUGACACAUAGCAUGCUUGCUUGUCCACAGAGAGUUUGGUAAAAAAUACUAGUGUUCCUUCCCUGUCCCCAUGCCCCUCACUUUGCAUUUUAAAAACUAUCACUGUAUGCCAUGAGUUACAAAUGGCUAAAUGUGGUUGACUAGAGAUGGACAUGAACGAGAUAUGUAUCCGACAUAGCUUCCUCUUACAAGUGAAACACUUGUAGAUGGUUGGUUAAUCUUUCCAAAGGUGAGCCUGAAAAGACUCCAUCCUUCCAGAAAGGUACCCAUAUCUGCUAUACCUGGAAGUUCUUAGAGUGGUUUCUUGCUGCUUAGACUUUUUGUGACCUGUAGGUUCACCUGUAAAAAUAGGAGAUUAAAUAACCAUCUACCCCACUGGUCAGCGUUUUCCUGAGAUACAUUUAUUUUGAAAAACAAUUCAUUCUCUCUCUAGUAAUUAUAAUUAAUCCCCCCAAAUGGAGGUUUAUUUUUAUAACCUUUUGGUAAACCUGCUAUUUCAGAUGACAUCUUAGUUCUAUAUUUUUGUGCCUCUUUUAUUUUUGAAUAAAGAAA